GGUAUCGCCUAAAACCGGAGAGUUGUGCAUCUCCCCACUCAUCUCUGCCAAAAACAGGCCCAUUGGCAAUCUCCCUACUCAUCUCUGGUUGAAACAUAAGGAACAUCGCAGCGUUGUACCGUUGUGCAUUUCCCUACUCAUCUCUGCUAGUAGAUCGAACGUUGUACCUAAAUCGUAAAAAUCAGAAAAAAUUCUUAUUUCACUUGACUCCUUUAGUAAAUUUAAAAACGUCAAUGGUAAUCCGUAAGGACUGGUAUAUAGUGGUUUUACGCAGUGAUAAAAUAAAAAAUUUUGUUAUUGAAAAAUGGGAAGAAGAAAAAGUAAGAGAAAGCCUCCAAGCAAAAGAAAGGCUAUAGAACCUUUGGAUACGCAGUUUAAUUGCCCUUUUUGCAAUCACGAAAAAUCCUGCGAGGUUAAGAUGGACAAGUCAAGAAAUACUGCACGAAUUACGUGUAGAGUGUGUUUAGAAGACUUUCAGACGACUAUAAACCUGUUAUCCGAACCUUUGGAUGUGUACAAUGAUUGGAUUGAUGCCUGCGAAAGUGCUAAUUAAUAUAAUCAUUAAUUUCCAUAUUCUAAGAGGCUUUUGACAUGUAUUAUUGCAAUGGACAGACUUAUAUUACUAUGUAUAAAAUAUAGAUAUUUAAAUCAUUUUAAACUAUGUAUGUGGAAACUGCUUAAAACAAUUCAAGUGGUGAGACUAUUCCGCAAGUGUAUAGACAUGGUUUUGUAAAGAAUAUAACUUUAUAC